AUGACGAAUGAUCGACAACGAGCUCAGGACUUGUUGAACCGAGCCGACAAGAUCUUGGCUGCGGUCGAUGAUUCCUACAUUAUCAAGGAACGGGGCCACCGUCCUCGUCCCAUGCCCAUGUUCAGUCAUACAGAAAUUGAACUUGGCCGAACGCUGGGUGCCGGUGGAUUUGGAGUUGUCAAUGAAGUUACGGCCUUUGAUUUGGAAAAAGAACCUGAAAAGGAAGAAGAAAGCAAAAAGGGAGAAGGUGAUUCGAAAAAAGUUGCAAUCUCCAACACCCCUGGUGGAGAUUUAUACGAAGAUGACGCUCAUUAUGAAGUCAGUGGUGCUCGAGAGCUCAUGGCCAAUCGAUGCUUGCGAAGAGGAGUCACCAGAUAUGCCCUCAAACGAUUACACGACAAUCUAUCUGAAGUCGAGAAGGCCAGAGGAAUGAUCGACCUAGCAGUGGAGGCCAAGUACCUGAGCGUCGUCUGGCAUCCGAAUAUCGUCAAGAUGCGAGGAGUGGCUGCUGGAAGCUAUCUGAAUCAAGAUUUCUUCAUUGUCAUGGAUAGAUUAUUUGGGACGUUGGAUCAGAGAAUAAAUGCUUGGAAGAAACUCCUUUCCAAAAACAGUGGCUGUUGUUGCGGAUUUGGCAAAAAUCAUGAGGUAUUCAUGCAGGUGCUCAAAGAGCGAAUGAUUGUGGCGUAUGAUUUGGCUGUGGCAUUCAUGUAUCUGCACGAGAAUCGAUUGGUGUACAGAGAUAUCAAACCCGAGAAUAUUGGCUUUGAUGUUCGAGGCGAUGUGAAGGUGUUUGAUUUUGGUUUGUGCAAGGACUUGGAGCCUCGUCUCAAGUGCAAGGACGGGGCCUACGGCUACAAAUUGACAGGGCGGGCGGGUUCAUUGCCAUACAGUAAUUUCAUUGCCAAACUCAAGCUAAACGACAUCUCCCUGUUGGCCAUCUCGCAGUCUCCCGAGGUGGCGCAAUGCAAACCCUACGACACAAAAUGCGACGUGUACAGUUUUAGCAUUCUUUUAUGGGAACUCCUUUCUCUGCAACAUGCGUUCAAAGGUUGCUCUCCAGAUCAGUUUAUAGACAAAGUGGUAAUCAACAACCACAGGCCAACCAUUGACAAAAAGUGGCCGCCCCUCGCUCGAUUGGUUCUUCCUGAAGCUUGGGAUAAGGACCCCAAAGCCAGACCUGAUAUGAAGCGUGUUGCUAUUAUGAUUCGUGGAGAUCUCAAUGACAUGACCACUGAUGCCCGAGUGCAACGUCGUACACAACACAUGGAAGACAGAUCGACACACAGCUUGGAGCUCAAUAACAGUCCCUAG